AUGCCUUUACCAUCCACGACUACACAAUCAAGAAUUCCAUCAAGGCCUUUAACUGCAAGAAAAGUUGUUAACCAAUGAAGCUUAGUAAGACUAAAACGAAAACAAGAUCUAUCUACCAAAAGGAAGCUGAAAUUUGCUGACGAAAGCUUUAGACACAAUAAUUCUUUUUCAAAAAUUUUUGAUAGUGAAAAUGACUGAUAA